GACAUGUACACUGAUCAUCAGGGCACUGAUGAUCAGUGUGCCCUGAUGAUCAGUGUAGCCCCAGUAGUGCCACCUGUCAGUGUCCAUCAGUGCCAGCUGUCAGUGCUCAUCAAUGCCACCUGCCAGUGCCCAUCAGUGCCACAUCAAUGCCACAUAUCAGUGCCUACCAGUGCACAUCAAUGUCACAAAUCAAUGCCCCUAUCAGUGCCAGUCAGUGCCACCUAUCAAUUCCAGUCAGUGCCAGCUACCAGUGCUGCCAAUCAGUGCCACCUAUCAGUGCCAGUCAGUGCCACCUAUCAGUGC